CAGUGCUACACAUUCUCGACGGGGGUAGUUCCCCGUCUCUGCAACAGCAUCUAUUUUCUUCCUCACAAUGUACCCGAUCAUCAUCACCCUCAUCAUCCUCACAACCCUCCACUUCUUUGGCCUUAACAUUACGUUAUAAUGGAUGGAUUUGUCCCCCGGUGCAGCCACCUCUGGCCCCGAGCUCAAACGGAUGGCUGUUCUAUUGUCACCAUUUGCAGGUAUUCAUCCUCUUGACCCACGUGGACAAACACAUGAUACCGCUCUAGCCGCUGGAUUGCAGUUAAAUUCCCUAAUAUAGCAACAUAGGCCACUGGAGCAAUUCUCCGGGAUGUGAGUAAGCUCCACAACCAGCAUCCGGGUCUCCAUCGGGAAUAUCCCUCACGUGAGCCGGGUAGAAAUGGUUUCCCGAUUACACACUGAAUCCCCCAGCAUACCCGCCCAGCUCUUGGGGCCAUUCAUCCAUCUACAGCACUGAGGUUGGUUCACUCUUCCUCACAUUUUCUAGUCACAUUUACUGCCUCCCAUGUGCCACUGCCCUUCAGCUUAUCGAGCCUCCUCUGAACGAUCAGCGAACCCAUCCGGCCUACAGCACAGCCCUCUCCAAGCCUGACGACGCCGUGAUCGCGCUUCUAAAUCCGAGCAACGACUACAAGACUGGUGCUCUCAGUGGACUUAGUCCAAGUCCCACAAUAGGAAUAUGCACUCGUGUGCUCACCCUCUAGACUUAUCAAGUGAGCAAGUAAAUAUCGGCGUUGCCCCAUUCCCACUCUCAGGUGAGGCAUUAACCAUGGCCAGGGUUUACUUUCAAGAACAUGUUGCAAAACCCUUAUGAACGCGGGAAUCUUAGAUUGGAGGGGAGAAUGAGAAGAUUGUUCGCGGUGCUGAUGCUGAAAUAUCAGCGCCGCAUAAAAUGAGUGGUAGAAUGGGGCUUGUUGAGGAUAAAUUAAGGAAGAAUCAUGUGUUGGUUCGGCGAUGGAGAGAGAAAGCAAGGAAGCUGGUACAAAUACAGGUACUCGCCACUCACAUUUGCCAUUCCCCAUAAGAGGCCCCGUGCUGACACUGCAUAGGAACUCUACCACGAGCGUAAACGCCAAACAUUAAUCUCCCAAGUGCAGCAGGCCGCUGCCGUCCAGGCUGAUCAAGCCCUAUAUGUGGCUUCCGGCAAAUCUCCCGAUGCCCGGCAAUUACAGGACCCCCGGGCAAGACUGCGCGAAACUAUCCACCCUCGAAUUCGGCCUGGCCUGGGGCCCGAAUACACCAUAACCGGCGCGAAGAUCGGGAGCAUUCAGGGCCUGAAUGCCACAGGCCCUGGAGGAAGGGGUAGUGAAUCCUUGAGACGUCCAGGACAGAGACCUGCCAAUGGCGCGAGCAUACUCUUUAAUGGUAGAUAUUCCCUCUUUUCAAUCCCUUCACCUCACCCCCCUCAACGAUCGAGUAGAUAAAAUUCCCUUCCUGUCAACGCUUGAACACCCAAUCCACAGCUAUACAAUUCUCCGGUAUACAGGACGAGUACUGUAGACCACCUCUAACGGGGCUUAAUGGGAAUACUGGGGGUGGGGGGAUGGGAGAUGGGGGCAAGGAUAGAAGGCUUGUGGACGAGGAUGGGAAGGUUGUUCUUGAUUAACAUUGAAGAGGAAAUCUUGAUUUUCUCGCCCCCAUGAUGGUAGUGAUGCUGGUAAUGUUUGGACACUGAUUUGGCCAACUUUGUGACACUGGCGAACUGUUUUUUCUUUGCCUCCCUCUCUUCUGUUUUCUAAUCCAUUGGUUAAAACAAAUGGAUCGGGAGGAAGGGGGAUUUGAAGC